AUGUUUUCAACAAAAUUUUCUUCUACAUCUUCUCGUGUUAAUCAAAAUACAUUCAAUCCACAUGGCGUGAAUGAAUCGAUACUAAAUCAUUUAUUUCUUCCGUACAGAUUACCAUCUUCAGCAAGUAAAGAUUACCUGACUCAACAUGAUCAUCAAAAUGAAUACAAAUUACUCGAAUGUACACAUGAAUAUUUGAAGUCUAUAGAUGCAAAGAAUGAUUUGCCAAUUUUCUCAACUCUUAAAACCUGUAUUGAGCGUUGGUCAAGCGUACAGAGUACGAUGAAUUGCUCUGUUUCACUUCUACAAGCUACCAUACAAAAAUUAGCACCCGGAGAGUUUCUUCCACUCUAUUUUCAUGCCCAAAAUGCUGCAAUUUUAAUCGAAAUCGACAAGAAUUCUCCCAAUCAGCCAUUGAUUUCGUCUUGGCAAGUUCUUCUACCAACAGAAACUAUAACAUCAUCCCUAGAACCACAUUUUUCUUGUUUUCCUGUGCCUGUCUUCCGCUUGCCUGAUCGAACUCAGUUGAUAUCUACCGUCCAAUGUGAGCUACUUUCGGAAUUUAUGAAUAAUACAAUUGAAUAUCCGAAAUCUCAUAAAGCAUCUUAUACAUUUGAUGAGAUUCGAGAAGUACCAACAGCUCAUUAUGUAUGUCACUGGUGGGUCACACAAUUUCAAGGUGUUCAAGCUGAUUCUCCAUCGAACCCACCGCUUUCAUUCAAAAAGAAACAUCGUGAUCAAAUUCGAUACAAAACCGCAACGUAUCCAUUUCGACGAUCAGGUUUAUGGAUGACCAUGAAAGUUGUUUUGCAAAACAUCUUAACUAAAUGUUUGGGUGACAUUGGAAUUAUCGUCUAUAAAUUACUCGUUACUGACUUCUUAACUUAUUUUAUCUGUACAAAACAAUAUCAAACAGAUUAUCAGUUGUCGACUGAUCUUCUCAUGUUUUGUCUUCGGAAGAUUGUACGACGACUAAGCAAAAUCGAAACUUUACUAUCAUCGAUCGAUUCGAAUGAUAUUAUUCCGUGGGCACAAAGUAUGCUCGCAAAUAUCAAGGAAAAAAUUGACCGCAUCACUCCAAAAUCCGAUUGGCAAAAGUCGAUCGAGGAGAAUCAAAAAGAAAACACUUUACAAUAUCAACUCAAUCUCAAUCAGACGAUUCUCUACCGACAUCCAUGUAUGAAAUUAAAUACUUAUCUUGAUAGAUUGCAUUCUGGUAUUUCUUCAAGACAUGUCUACAACAGAGUUGGUUAUAGUCUUGGAUUAUCGUCAAAUGUUACUAACGGAAACGACGUUUUACCUCUAUUUUCAGUCUUGAUCAAACACGAGCCUGAUGCUAUGGAGAUAACAUUGGCACGUAUCGAAAUGUGGGUCGAGUUUCAUUUAGAGAAAUGGAUCAAUCGCUCGUUAUUGUCAAGAACCGGUUACAAAUGUUUCGAGGAUCUGCAAGCUUUUUAUGAAGAGUAUCAAAACGCAGCUCUAAGUUUUUAUUCUUCGAAUAACGAAUCCACUGAUUUAUUUGGCUACGGUCGAUUUAUUCUAACCUCAUUGACAAUAAUACACUUGAUGCAUGUAAAACUAUGCGCAGCUCCACGAUUCAAACGGUUGAGAGACCAUGCGAUUAUAAUUCCUAAUCUUUUAAAUUUAUUCGAAUUCUUAAUCUUACCCAGUCGAGACGAUAUGAUUCGAGCGCGAUAUUUAUACGAUUAUUUCUCUGAAUUUAACUGUAAGUCAUAUCCUGAUAUUUUAAGUAACAUCGAUUCAGAAAACGCAUUCGGUGUUGAUUUUGCCAAUCAAUCAGAAGAAAUCAAUGAAAAUUUGAAAAAGAUUGCAGAACAAGCCGCACAAGACCAAAAUGACAAAUUGAGAGAAGUUCACAACGCCAAAGAGUCAUAUGAACGACUUAUGAAAACAGCCAACAGACUUGAAUGUGAAUGUGAAUUAUUAAUUUCUUUUCAAAAAUGUCGUCGUUGCACAACGAUAACGCAAGCAAAUAAUAUGAAAUUAGAUAUUUACGAAUGUCCGAUAUCGUACGAACGUAAAAGUGCCCUGGCAGUCAUGUUUGAACUACAGAUGCCCAGUGAAUUUCGAUGUUAUCGUGAUAUACUUUGGCAAUUUGUCAAUCGUCCAAAUCCAACUCCUGCACAUAAAAUGCAUGAAUGGUUGAGUACUCGUCCUCACAAAAGUAAAUUAAGGGACUAUUUCAAAAGUUCACCAAAUUACAAAGUAAAACUAGUAUCAGAAACGAAAUCAAUAUCAGAAAGUCAUUAUUCAAACGGACGAUGCAUUGCAUCAACACCUGUUGAAGAAUAUUUCUAUAAGAAUAGUCUAAAAGUUCAAAUAUCUCCAACGAAACCAUGUGAAUUUCAAGAUGAAUGUCGAGCAUUAACGCCUAACCUGACAGAUUCCAAUUACAAAGAUUUACAAUUCUCUCUUCGUAGCACGGCAUUUGUACAAAAUCAAGUCAUAGCCGAAUUAUCAAAAUGUUCAUUGAAACUAAACCCAAAUGAAUUUGUUGAAUUCGGUUCGUUUCGGUCCGGUCACCGUUUGCAGUGGUGGAAUUUACUAAGUAUUCUCGAAUUAGAUUCAUUAGCAAUGGAUGAGGAAAGUGUUGUCAUACUCAUCACCCAUGCGCUUCUACAGUACGGGCCAGUGGCAAGAAAUCCACAGUUAUUGACUCAUUCCUGGUGUCCCGAGUCACAUGAACAAAUAUUAGAUGAUUUGUUUGUUGACGAAUUAAUCCUAAGGUUGGAUCGUCAUUUGAAAGAUUGUGAAUGUAAUUGGCAGAAUGAGUUCAUGUUAGUAAUUAUCACAAUAAUCACCAUGAGAAUAUUCACCAUAUGCAACUCAACAAGAAAAGAUCAAAUGAUGAAAUUAGUUAUGAAAUGUCGUCAAAUAGGAGUAAAAUGGAUCGAUCUUAUUUCAAAAAGUAUCCAACACGGAUCGGUAUCCGAUUUUGAUAGCACCAAUGCACUUCGUGAGAAAAUUAUCGUCAUUGGCAUUACCUAUCUCCUCACGUUUGCAAUCUAUAUAGAUAGUAGCAAUACCUUAGAAUUAACAAAUAGCGACAUCGUCUCUUUGUUAGUAAUCGCAACAACUAUGCAUGACAACAGUAUUUUAAACAAAGAUACAAUUAAAAUAAGUGUAUUCAUGAGAAAUUUAAGAUAUUAUGGUGAAUACAUACUGCUGAGAAUUCAUCCAAGCAUGAGCAAACUUAUUCAAGAAAGUUCGUAUGAAAGUUUGAACAACUUUUGUACUAUACACUGGACAGUAGCACGAACUAAAGGUACGAUAAAUGGAAAAUGGAAGAAAAGAAAUGGGGAUGCACAUGAUGGCUGGUACGAUGGCGAAUAUGAAUCGAAUAAAUUGUCUAUUGAUUGCAUACGCGGUAGAUUUUUGGUCAAUGGAAUGACUAUCGGCUUUUUACCUGAUAAAAUAACUUCGAAUGACUUAUUUCGUCGUGUCUUUCGUCAACAUGUAUUCGAAGUGCAAGCAGCAGAAACACAAGAUAGUUACAUUACCAAACAUGCAUACCAUAACCAUGAUGUUGAUUACGAAUUUACGUGUGAUUAUACACAAGGAGUCAUGGUUUAUGAGCACCACUUAAAAGCAAACAAAAAAUUUCAAUUAUUACCUACGAGUUGCUUUGAAGAAGAAUUACCAGAUGUCUUCGUUUCGAACUAUAGUCAUUGGAGAGAUGCAGACACAGAUGAAGUUGAAUUCCGACCGAUUUAUUUUCAAGAUGCGAAUUUCUUGACGGAAAAACACUACAUAUUAAGAAUGAAGGAGGGAUUGAUUACGACGAAGUACUUUGAAAACGAACAAAUAUUAAUAAAUCGUACGUCGUCGUGCUUUCGGAGUUUGUUUACUCGGUAUUUUACUCGUCUUGACGAAGAACCGUAUGUUUACAUGUUGGGAGAAAACAAUCUUAUUCAUAUUCACCUCUCCCGACUAGGAAUUGUUUUCAAAUAUGACCUUAACCAAAACAUUAUAACUUCUCGUGAAUACUCUGAUAUGUAUGUCGAUGAAAAUCAGUGGUUUGGAACAUUGACUGGUCUACAAUUCGGUCUUCUUCUUUCGCCAAUUGCAGCAGUUAAUNUUGUUACUCCAUUUUCUACAUUAUAUCUCAGAUAA